CAGACGCCCACAGACCGGUUGUACCACAUACUUUGCACACUGCCCCCAUGCGACAGCAGGGCGCUCUGCGGGCACACAGACAGCACCGCGGGCGGACAGUCCCGGGACUGCCAGCGGACUGUGAACACGAUAUACCUGCGGGACCAUCAAGUCCGCUCCUCGGUGCGCUGUUUCGGGGAUUAUCCGCCACAGAGACAGACUAACACAGCAUCUUCAUCUGUGGAUUGAGAGAGGGCAAGAUGGUGAAUUUCAGCCUGUGGGCUCUUCUGCCUCCCAUCUACUCUGUUUGUACUGCUGCUGGACUGUUGACGGUGUACUUCAUAGCUGUUUACAAUGAGAACAUAACGCCGCUGGGUUCACAAUACAGGAGAAGAAAUGGCUCCCAUUAUCCCCCCUACAUGAGUAUUGCAGGCAACUUUCCUCCAGCCAGCUGUGUCUUCAGUGAAGUCAUGAACCUAGCAGCAUUUGUAGGGUUUUUUAUUGGGUUUUUCAGAUACCUGCAGCUGAAGGGCAAAAUUGACAAACCUUGGCUGAACAUUUCUAGUUUGGUGGUUUUUUCUAUUAGCUCCUUUGGAAUGACCAUUGUAGGGAAUUUUCAGGUAUUCACUGAGGAAAACAUUCACAACGUUGGCGCCGUAUUGGUGUUUGGACUUGGAACCUUGUUCUGCUGGCUGCAGUCCUAUAUCACCCUGAGAGUUAACCUGAAGAAUGAGGGGAAGAUGGCCGCCAUCCCUCGAUUCCUGUUGUCUGGAUCCAUCACUCUUUGCAUGAUACUUUACUUCGCCCUGAUGUCUCAACGCCUUCAUAUGCAUGCAAGUCAAUGCCAGUGGGCAGUCAUCAUGAUGUUGCUCAUCUUCAUCAGCACUUUUGCCAUCGAGUUUCGUCACAGCAGCUUCAGUAUUCUGUGCACAGACAGACCAGGGUAUCCCUCCCAUCACUUAGAAACCUCUGAAGGGCCCGUGUAGCUGCUCAGUGAGCUGUACACAGGCUAAUGUAUAAGGUCUGAUGUUGCAUUUACAAGUACAUACUUAUUACUCAGUUACAGCUCUCUUUCAGGGGCGGAUCUAGAGAAAUUUUCUUAGGGCGGCAUGAGGGUGAAAUCAAAUGGGGUGGAAAAAUUACACGUUACAUUCUGUAAUGCGCAUUAUAUAUGGGUGUAAUACAUCAAAUGCAGUAUGUACACACUUUUCAUAUAAAUAUACAUAUUUUCUUUAACCUACAUAAUUAAACGUUUCAGUUACGUAAAAAACAUGCACAUUUUGAUUUAUUGUACUGUAUAUACUAAAUAAGUAUGCAGUCCAGUAAGUGUAAAAUCCAGAGAGCUACGCAACAUGAGGUGGUUCAUUUCCACACACAAGUCUAACUUCAGUUUCACACUCUUUUUGUUUAUUAGAAAUACUGUAAUCAAAUUGUGAAAUGCUUAAAUUUACACAAAAUGCCAGAAAUCUGCAAUGUCUCAAACACCAACAUCUCAAAAAUAUUGAAGAUAAAAGGUGAGUGGAUGGAAUGACCACUACAUUAAACCGUUUAAAGGUAAUGUUUGAAAAGCACAUGUCACCUGAGAGUGUAAUGAACAAAACAAAACCUUAAACACUGCAUUCUUGGUGGAUUUUAAUUGACUUGGUAUUAGCAAUCAUUGCCAGUAUGAUUAUUUGUGUUAUUAUGCACUCUGU